AGAAUGUUCGAGAAAUUCCUUCUGCUACUUAUCGUUGUGAUCGCCCUCAUUUCUUUGGCAUCUGCAGAUUUUUCAUGCUUCUUCGGUGAUACCAUCUGCAAGAGCAUUACAUGCAGGGGCUGCACCGUCGCCACCUGCCUCAAUGGAGACUGUAUGUGCACACUAUGUAACUGAUGAUCUUCACAUGCCGCAUUACCAUUUGUAACAAAUACAUUUUUCUUGUUUAAUGAAUUUUUCUAAAUAUCCACAGCUAUGUGUCUCACACAA